UACCCCAGCGCUUAGAACACCACCAGCUCCCGUCGGAGAGAUAUACCCACUGAGAGAGCGGAAGAAUCGUAUCGGAAGGAGAGAGGAGAAGCCGCUGCGCUGAGACAACGUUAAGAAUCCGAAUCCCAAUCUGGAUCCGAAGCAAAAAGCUUCAGACCCGGCAGCAGGCGCUUCAUUCUCGAGUUGCGGUCCAACGGGUUAGCAGCUCAGCUAAGCUUAGCGCGCAAGCAACAGUUGCCGUUUGUCGAUCAGUCGUCGAUCAUCGGCAAGCAGUUCAUUUCGAGUUUUUUUUUCGAGUGGUUUAGAUUUGUAAAUUCUCUGUUCAAAAAAAGCAAGCCGCGCCAAAUUAUGCCUUCAGCCACAUUUGUCCUGGAGCAUUUGAUGGCGGCACAAACGCGUCUGAACGAGCAAGCCGCAUCCCCUGAAGAGGUCAAAACCAGCAGUACAACCACCUCAACCUCCAACACCGCCACCACCGUGGCUAAAACCAUUAAAGUCAAGUCGUAUGAAAAGAAACUGUUGCUGGCUCUCAAGAAAAUUGUGCAAUAAUAAACAACACUCUAUUUGACAACUAUAUAGACAUUUCACCUUAAUCGAGCUGACUAAGAUCAAUAAAAAAAGGCAAAACAGAAAAACAAAACAAACAGCGGCAACAAAAACAAGAAUUCUAGUUUUUGUGUUUUCAGUGUGUGUGCAUGUGGGCAAGUUGUUACAUAAAAACAAAAGUAAUAUAAAAAGCCCAACCAAGACGCAUUUUUCCGCAGUGGAAUACUACCCAUUUAAGCUGCCGUAUUUUUUUCUGUUUGGUGUGUGAGAAAUCGAGAGUGAAGAAAAUGCUGUUCAACAAAUGCCUGGAAAAGUUGUCCAGCUCGCUGGGCAACGUGGUCAAUCACAAGCUGCAAGAGAAACAAGUCUACAACAAUAAUAAUAACAAUAAUAUUAGUAUAAACAACAAUGCUUACAAUAAGCAGCGAAACUUUGAGUACGAAAGGGCCAUUCAGGCGCACUACGGAAGUAAGGGAAGGCGAUCAGAGGAGCGGGAGAGGAGCGGCAAGUUCAAGGUCGGCAAGGGUCAGAAGUCGAAGGUUACGCCACCGGAGACACCAGAAGUGGCCCAGGAGACGGCCUGCAAGAAGUGCAUGACCCACGAUGAGCUGGCACAGAUCAUCAAAGGCGUGACAGCCAAGACAACGGGCCAAAGUGCACAGGACAAUCGCCUCCAGCGGAGACGUCGUCCCCUGUCCGCCCAACCGUCCGCCGCUGCCUCCGCCUCCACGUCCACGGAAUCCCUGCACCGCCUCACUCCCAGCCCCCAGGCCAACGCCUAUGCCUCUUACCCGGCCACGCCCACCUCCUGGACAGCCACCCCGCCCCAAUUCCCAGCCGCCUUCGGCGGAGCCAGCUGCUCCAACAGCACCCUGUCGCUUCUGGCCACCAUGCGCGUCCAGCUCCUUGGUUACACAUGGUUUCAUGGCAAUCUUUCCGGCAAAGAAGCGGAAAAAUUGAUCCUGGAGCGAGGCAAGAAUGGUUCGUUUCUCGUCCGUGAAUCUCAGAGCAAGCCUGGCGAUUUCGUCCUCUCCGUGCGGACGGACGACAAAGUAACGCAUGUCAUGAUUCGAUGGCAGGACAAGAAGUACGAUGUCGGCGGCGGCGAAUCAUUUGCCACCCUGUCGGAACUGAUCGAUCACUACAAGCGUAAUCCCAUGGUGGAGACGUGUGGAACGGUGGUGCAUCUGCGGCAGCCCUUCAACGCGACGCGAAUCACCGCGGCCGGAAUCAAUGCCCGGGUGGAGCAGCUGGUCAAGGGAGGCUUCUGGGAGGAGUUCGAGUCGCUGCAGCAGGACAGCCGGGAUACCUUUUCGCGCAACGAGGGCUACAAGCAGGAGAACCGCCUGAAGAACCGCUACCGGAACAUAUUGCCCUACGACCACACGCGCGUCAAGCUGCUGGACGUGGAGAACAGCGUGGCCGGGGCGGAGUACAUCAAUGCCAACUACAUACGCCUGCCCACCGACGGCGACCUGUACAACAUGAGCAGCUCGUCAGAGAGCCUGAACAGCUCGGUGCCCUCGUGCCCCGCCUGCACGGCGGCCCAAACGCAGCGGAACUGCUCCAACUGCCAGCUGCUGAACAAGACGUGCGUCCAGUGCGCCGUGAAGAGCGCCACGCUCCCGUACAGCAACUGUGCCACCUGCAGCCGCAAGUCGGACUCUCUGAGCAAGCACAAGCGCAGCGAAUCCUCGGCCUCGUCCUCGCCCUCCUCUGGCUCCUCUGGAUCCUCGGGAGCCAGCGUCAACGGACCCGGCACACCCACCAAUCUCGCGGGCAGUGCAGCCAGCUGUCUGGCCGGAUUGCUGAAGAAGCACUCGAGCGACUCGUCGUCCUACGGACCGGGAUCGGGAUCGAGCUCGAUAUCGGGAGCUGGAUUCAUGUCGAUGGCCGAGCGGGAGCGGGAAAGGGAGCGGGAGAUGUUCAAAACGUACAUCGCCACCCAGGGCUGCCUGCUCACCCCGCAGGUGAACACGGUGACGGACUUCUGGAACAUGGUGUGGCAGGAGAACACGCGGGUGAUUGUCAUGACCACCAAGGAGUACGAGCGAGGCAAGGAGAAGUGCGCCCGCUACUGGCCGGACGAGGGCAGGACGGAGCAGUUCGGCCCAGCGCGAAUACAGUGCGUCUCGGAGAACUCGACGAGUGACUAUACGCUGCGCGAGUUCCUUGUAUCGUGGCGGGAGCAGCCGGCGCGGCGGAUCUUCCACUACCACUUUCAGGUGUGGCCGGAUCACGGAGUGCCCGCCGAUCCGGGCUGUGUGCUCAACUUUUUGCAGGACGUCAACACGCGACAGAGUCACCUGGCCCAGGCGGGCGAGAAACCGGGUCCCAUUUGCGUGCACUGCUCGGCGGGCAUUGGACGCACCGGCACCUUCAUAGUGAUCGACAUGAUUCUGGAUCAGAUUGUCCGCAACGGACUGGAUACCGAAAUUGACAUUCAGCGCACCAUCCAGAUGGUCCGAUCGCAGCGUUCCGGUCUCGUGCAAACGGAGGCGCAGUACAAGUUCGUCUACUAUGCGGUGCAGCACUACAUCCAGACCCUGAUCGCCCGCAAGCGUGCCGAGGAGCAGAGCCUGCAGGUUGGCCGAGAGUACACCAAUAUAAAGUACACGGGCGAAAUUGGCAACGAUUCACAAAGAUCUCCAUUACCACCAGCAAUUUCUAGCAUAAGUUUAGUACCAAGUAAGACGCCAUUAACGCCGCCGUCAACGGAUUCGGGCAUUGGGAUGGGCCUGGGCAUGGUCGUGGGCAUGGGCAUGGGAGGCGGCAACAAGCACGCUUCGAAGCAGCAGCCGCCGUUGCCGGUGGUUAGUUGCAGCAGCAGUAGCAACAACAACAACAAUGGCAGCAACAACUGCAGCAACGGCAGCGGCAACAACUGCAGCAACGGCAGCAGCAGCAGCAACGGCAACAUUGGCUUGGGGCUGCGCAAGUCGAACUUUUACAGCGACUCGCUGAAACAGCAGCAGCAGCAGCAACAGCAGCGCGAGGAGCAGGCGUCUGCUCCGGCGGGAGCAGGUAAGAUGCAGCAGCCGGCGCCGCCGUUGCGACCGCGUCCUGGCAUACUCAAGUUGCUCACCAGUCCCGUCAUCUUUCAGCAAAAUACAAAAACAUUCCCAAAGACAUGAUCGGCCUGCGACCGCCGAGCCAUGCGCCUGCGUUGCCGCCGCCGCCGACACCGCCGCGCAAAACAUGACAAAUGAAUUUCUAAGUCGCGACGCCCCUUGACACGCUCCCCCUCGCCCCCGCCCCUCCUCCCUCGACACCCCAGAACCACCCCCCACACGCACACAGACCACAAGUGGAAUUCAUUUUUAAAGUCACCCUGCCGCCCCAGAAAGCCCUUACUACCCUUGACUAUGUUUUACUGUUGUACCAAGUUCUACGUUUUAUAUAUAUUUUUUUUUGUAAUUUUGUAAUUGUAAUCUAUAUACUUUUUGUAAUUGUAAUUGUGUAAUGCUUAGUUGUAUGUUAUUGUCUCGCUUUAUGUUGUAAGUGUUCCCUGCACACGCAAAGCAGUAACCCCACCACCCCAAAAGAAAAACCCCACACCCCAGGCAUAUUUAUGUAGUAGUUUUUUAAGGGUCCCCCAGCCGGAAGUUGAAGAUACAAUCUGGGCGGAACUGCAGCAGAUCCGCCAAAAAAGAGAAACAUUUUUAAGCAGAAUCGCAAAAAUUAUACGGUCCCGUUUCCGGUUCCAUGGCGCUUGAAUUUGGCGCAAUCGGACAACAGUUUCAAUGUGUUGCUGCUGGUUUUAAACCACCAAAGAUACACUAUUUCGAAUUUUAAAAACUUUAAUGUAUGGUUUUUUGAAAUAAAUUAUAGUUUCCAAUUUAAAAUCACUGGUUUUGAGUUUGGAAUACAACCUAAUCCUAAUCCUCUUACAAAAAUAAAUGUCGAAUCGAAGUCCGUCAAAUUCAAUUUGAAACGAAAGCGGAAACGGGUAACCGGUUGGAGUGCAAAUCAAGUUUUUAGUGUUGUAAGUGUUGACGAAAUCGAAAGAAGAGCAGUUAGAGGAGUAACUAAGGCAGUAAGCACGUAACGAUAAUGAUACAAAAAGCGUUGAUUGUGAUUCGAGUGACAGCGAGAUAAGAACAGAAACAGAAACAGAAACAGAAAAAUAAGCAGUAACAGUAACAGAAGUAACAGAAGUAACAGAAGCAGAUGAGAACAGUGGCGAAGGAGAUCAGAUCGAAACAGAACAGAACAGAACAGCGGAGACGCCAACCGAACAGAUGAGAACAGAUUAGAAGUAAAGUGAGAAAGCUAAGAGCGCUUGAGCGUGUCGUCCCUAGGAUAAGAAAACUAAGAUUACAGCUCGACAGAUCGAGAACUACAUAUAUCUCUAGCAGCCAAUCUCCGACCUCCCAUCCCCCGUUUUCCCCUCUAAUUUAGUUAUUGUAUGCGUAUGCUCUUAAUUGAUGAUUAUUUAUAAAAUUGCCCAUUGUGUUACAUUUGAAAUGAUCGAAGAGAAAAUUGUAUUUAGAAUUUGAUAACUUUAGAAAUUAUGCAUUAAUUGUGUGUCUGUGUCUCUCUAUUCCUUUCUCUCUACCCUAGUCUCAGUCUCAGCCUUCCCUUCUCUGUCUCUCUCUUUUUUUUGUUUUUAUGCUAACUAGGUGGAUUCAGACUUGACCAAAUGCACAAGAAGGAUUUGGGGGUAUCGUUAUUUUCUUAGAAUCUUUAAUACCUUAUAGAAUUUCAUCGUCAGCCCCCUCGGGCAGAGGAAGCAAGGUCCUGAGUUUGUCUCCAAGUGAUCCCUUAUUGAAUGCCCUUUGCAUCUUUGGUGUGUAUUUCCAAUUUCUUUUAUCCAUGUUUUCAAACCAUUCAUUGGGAUCCCCAGAUGUGGGUUCUUUGGAUUGUGAGAUUCUCAUUCCUGCAGCAGUUGUUCUAAGUGUCUCCUUUGUAUCUCCAUAUUCCUGGUAUACAUUGAGAUUUUCCAGUGUCUCAAAGAACUGCUUCUCAAUUUCUUCUUAUUCGAAUGAAUUGUUCAGCAAUUGUCUCGUUUCCUAUCCAAUAAGAGACGUGAUUCUCUGCAAUGGCCCCCAUUGCGUGUUUCAGGUUGAAGAGUGCUGACAAUGCUGCACAAUCCUUGUGCCUGGAACUUACAGCUCCAAAGAGAAUUAAGUGGUACUGUCAUCCCGGGAAUUUAGCAUAAAACAUAUCAAUCGUGGCAACCAUCUUCUUGAAGUUUGAGUCGUCUUUCCAUGCACCAUAAAGGGAGGCCAUCUCAUCAUAUCCUGGUGCAUUUGCAGGUCUGACUAUCUCACUUUGUCCUUUCAAAUUCUCAGACAAUUUGCUACGAUAGUCCAUGUAAGAGGUUCGACCGAGACGGUGGGCAGACAAUAUUGACACUAAAGCCCAGUAAGAGUGCUGUAUUUCCGCAUUUUUUGAUGGGACUGUUACAAGAUUUCCUGUUUCAGAAAUCAAAACAGGAGAAAAGGGAUUCACACAUUCUCCUGUUAAUCCAAUCUUGAUACCGAAUGAAUCCCAAUCUUCAGUCAGCUUUUCCGUUAUCUCUUUCAAUUCCAAGUAGAUAUAUUUCACUGCGAGAUCCUUCUGCAGAGUUCUUGCUAGUAAGUGUUCCACGACUGCAUUUCUUACACCCAUUAAUGGAUUUGGCAGAUUAUCAGGUAACCUCGGGAUGAUUGGCACUGGCUUAGAUUUGACUCCUUGGAACCAUGCUGACGGGUAGAUCGCUUCAUCCGCUUCCGGUUCCCUUGAGAAGUGAACUACCUCCUUAGUUCCUUUAUAAACUGCAGAAGGUGUGUGUUUUCUCCUUUGUUGUUGCCUUGCUUGAUUCGAUGUCCCAGGUGCGACCUCGACAUCUGAUAGACCCUGAUCAUGUUGUGACAUUGGGAGAGUUGUUGUUGUUUGUUUGGUAUAAGUUCUUGUAAUUUGGUGUUUUCUUUGACUAAGCUUAUUAUUUCUAACGCUGAAGCGUAAAACUAUAUAUGCAAUAUUUAAGCACAGUACCUAAAAAAUAAAUGUAAAUCCAUCUGCUAAAUCAAAAAUAUACAAUAUACAGGAAGGAGUAACUCAAUGUCAGCAGCUGCAAAUUGAAAACUAUAUAGAUUAUUGUGCAAAUCUAAGUAAUACCUAUGUUUAAAAUAUACUUUUAUUUUAUCUUAUUUUACCUUAUGCUUUUGUAAGUGCUUUAAAUUGUUAUUCAUCUUGAUCUUGCAAAAAAAAAAAUACAAAACAAAACUGAAAAACGAAUACAAACUAAAAACACAAAUUAUAUUUGUAUUUAUACAUAAAAAUAAAACAUUUUACAUGCGAUACACGAAGA